AUGUGGUUUGAUGUUGUUAGAGACGAUGGUCGAGUGCUUAAGCUGAUUAAGGACAUCAGUGGUCCGUCAGCUCCAUCUUUUCAUGGGGGCCUGGAUCAUAUGGUAGUAGAUCAUUGGAUUGAGAGUAUGGAAACCUACUUUGAGAUGAUGGUGUGCUCUGAGAUAAAGAAGAGGAUGAUAGCCACAUUCUUCCUAAAAGAUGAUGCACUAGAUUGGUGGAAGAGCUCGAGGCGGACUAUAGAUGUGUCUACCUUGACCUGGGAUGGUUUCACGGCACUCUUUCGAGAAAAGUACUUUCCAGCUACAGUGCACGAGGAUUUAGAACUUGAGUUCCUUGAGCUAGCGCAGGGAGGUAUGCCUGUCAGGGAGUAUGAGGCUCGUUUUGCACAGUUGUAUCGGUUUGUCAGACCAAUGGGUGUAACCUCUUUAGCCCAGAAGUUUUUACGGGGUCUUAAGCAAAAAUACAAGACCAUCAUAUCAGCACUUUGUCUGUCUACCAAAGAGUUGAUAUAUGAGAGUGUCCUGAAUUUGGAACAGGCGAAUAAGACUCACGGAGGAGAUGUGGAAAAUAGAGAUGCCAGAGGAAAAAGGCAAGACAAUCAGUUCAGGUAG